CGACACGCAUUCCGCCGAUUCGCUUCCGUCGCGGAUAUUUUCUGCUCGAGGACGGAGAAGAGAGGCAUCUGACAAGUGACCACGACGAUAGUUCCUACUUCGUCACAUUCCUAGCUCAAUUCGUUAACGAAUAAUCAACGCGGGACUUUCAAUCAGAUAGAAUGAAUUUGGAAGAGUACCGCAGACAUGGAAAGGAAAUGGUGGAUUACAUCGCUGAUUAUCUGGAAAAUAUCCGUUCGCGACGCGUUUAUCCAGCAGUUUCGCCGGGAUAUUUAAGAAAUGUCUUACCAUCGUCGGCUCCAGUAGAUGGCGAGUCUUGGGAGGACAUAUUCACUGAUAUUGAGAGAUGUAUUAUGCCGGGCGUGACGCAUUGGCAGAGUCCGCACAUGCAUGCUUACUUUCCCGCUUUGAAUUCACCUGCCAGUUUAUUGGGCGACAUGUUGGCCGACGCAAUAAACUGUCUAGGUUUCACGUGGGCUUCCAGUCCGGCAUGUACCGAAUUAGAAACGAUCGUCAUGAAUUGGUUAGGCAAAAUGAUCGGGCUGACUGAAGAUUUUCUGCAUCGACCUGGCGGUUCUGGUGGCGGUGUUAUUCAAACGACGGCCUCAGAAGCCACGCUAGUGUGUUUACUUGCAGCCAGAACCAGAGCUAUCAGGAACGUGCAGGAGAAUGAUCCUGAUCUUUUAGCGACGGAGAUCAACUCGCGACUGGUUGCUUACUGUUCGGAUCAGGCACAUUCGAGUGUGGAAAAAGCUGGACUUAUAGGACUGGUUCGAAUGCGAUAUAUCGAAUCCGAUAGUGAAUUCAGCAUGAGAGGAGAAGCUUUACUCGAAGCAUUAACACGUGAUCGAGCUGACGGAUUGCUUCCUUUCUUUGUAUGCGCAACUUUAGGCACGACUGGUGCAUGUGCUUUCGACAAUCUGAAAGAAAUCGGGCCAAUAUGUGAACAAAAUGGCUUAUGGUUACACGUCGACGCAGCCUACGCGGGUAGCGCUUUUGUGUGCCCUGAAUUUCGCGGUUGGCUUCAAGGUGUGGAAUUCACCGAUUCCAUUGCCUUCAAUCCAAGCAAGUGGCUCAUGGUCCAUUUUGAUUGCACAGCUAUGUGGGUUAAGAACAGCCAGGCGCUGCACAGAACUUUUAAUGUGGAUCCGCUGUAUUUGAAACAUGAAAAUUCAGGUCUUGCUAUUGAUUAUAUGCACUGGCAGAUUCCCCUUUCCAAGAGAUUUAGAGCUCUAAAGCUAUGGUUCGUUAUCAGGAAUUACGGAAUUACUGGUUUGCAGAAACAUAUACGAGAGGGCGUGAGACUAGCACAAAAGUUCGAAGCUUUAGUCUUCGCUGAUGCCCGUUUCGAAAUUCCUGCUCCAAGACAUCUCGGUCUAGUGGUCUUUCGUCUUCGUGGCGAAAAUACUUUGACUGAACGUUUGCUGAAGAAGCUCAAUUCACGUGGUCGAUUGCAUUGCGUACCAGCAGCCUUGCAUGGAAAAUACGUCAUCAGAUUUACAGUUACUUCGACAAACACGACAAACCAAGACAUUGUAAGGGAUUGGGCGGAAAUACGAAAUACCGCGAAUGAAAUUUUGGGUGUUACUUCCGGAUCACCUGUACGAGCCAGAGUUCCUCUUGGAGACACGAGACAGAAGAAUGAAAAUUUCGGAUCAAGCUUACUGUUAGCCAAUUCACCGAUGUCACCGAAAAUCGUGAACGGUAGUUUUGCUGCUAUAUACGACACGGCCGAUGUAUUUGAAGAAUGCAUGAAGACUUUUGGGAAAAUUAACCUCGAGGCGAAAGAUAGUCCAGCCAUGCGCCGUCGUAUUCGUGGGAUACUAAUGUCAGGCAAACAGUUUUCAUUGGAUUCUCGCAUGGAUCUUGUUCAGGGAUACGUUUGCAGCCGUCCACGUUUGGCUUCUCCUUCCGAGUUACCAUUAAUGAAAGAGGAUGAAUUCGCUGGAGCGUGCGAAUCCGACGUCGAUAAAAAGAAUGAAUCUGAUAAAGAUGAAUCACUUGGUCAUAACAAUUGGGAGGCAUCUGAUAGUUCCGCAGAAUGUGAGAAGAAACUGUCGCAGGCAGGUUCAAGUUACGCAGUGGUAAACGGUGCAUUAGUCAGUACCGAUGUCGAAAAUAAUGGCGAUAACACGGUGACCAUCGCUUCGGCCAACGUAGGUUUUCCUAGAAGUGAGACUAUAGCUGCUAUCACUAGUAGGCCCUAUACAGGUGAUGUAGAGCCCAUUCACGUGUUGAGAGAGAAAUGGAUAAAAGGAAGGGACGAAGACGAUGACGGCAAUAAGGAGUUCUGUAAAAAAUGUGGUCACUACUCUACACGUCAGUAAUUAGUCCGGCAUUCUGUAUUCUUCACAAGUUAAAGAUCGUACUCAUUUGCACUCGAAGCCACCACAUUCUUGCGCGUUUGCAAUCUAAUUUUAUGAUAUAAUUCUUGCAACAUAUCAUUAGCCUGAUUAUCAAAUAGAAUUAAUGAAUAAAUUAUGCCUCAUUAAAUAAAUCUUGGAGAAAUCGAUAACUCGUCAGAAAUUAAAAGAUUAAAUUCAAAAUUAUUAAAUAAUUUUAAAACGAUCUAUAUUAAGACAUCUACACAGUGUUUUACAAUUUUUUUAUGGCUAAAACGUUUCUGUAGAAGAAAGUUUCUGAAAUAGAAAAAUUAAACAUUUGAUAAAUAGAUACAUACAAAUUAGUUUUAUUAAAAUUAUUAAUUUAUUUGAUUUGUAAUUCUUUAUUAAAAUAAAAAUUUAUAAAGCACUGUUCUAAAAUGACAAAAUAAGCAAUGACUGUUUUAUUUUCAUAUAUUGCUAUGGUUCUCUUUAUUCGUUAGAAAAGCUGUAGUAAUCAAAACGGCGUAGAGUGCAAUAUUUGUAAAAACUGUAUCAAAUAAAUGCAUAACAUGACAAAAUA